AUGUGUAACUUGCCCCUAGUGGAAUCUUAUUUAGAACGGUACUUACGCGUUUCUAGUGGGAAAUGGUGUAAAUUGGUACUAAAUCUUACACAAUCUGACGCAAAACCAGAGUUCUUGCUGGGAUAUCAAAGACACCUUAGAGCUUUAACCACAUUUAAGCUCGUGAAAUUGUUGAGAAAAUGCACUGAAAUAGGUCUGCGCUGUGAUAUUAAUGGCAACGAUUUUCUUAGAGCCGGAUUGACUGAGUUUGUCCGGCGAUUUAAAUGUUCUGGGUCGAACGAUGGGCUUGAUGUUGUAGUGGUAAGGGAUAUUUCUUAUGUGUUAAGGAGGAUCAGAUUUUGCCAGGCAGAUACAUCACAAGUUUCUGUUUGCUGCAUUAGUGUUUGUAGUAGCUGUACCAAUUUGUACGGUGAAUUGCUAAACUAUGCAGGUAGCGAAUUGUUGCUUGAAGCGGUUAAGUUACUUGGAACUAAAAUUGUUAACGAUGGUUACAAAAUUAGACGUGUAAAGGGCUCUAAACAUUUGAGUGAAAGUGCAAUAACACCAUAUUUCGAAGUAAUUGGUUCAAUCAACCUGGAAUUUUGUAAUAAAGUACGACAACUAUCUAUUUUGUAUCGCAAAUGUAUAAUACAAUCUAAAUCAUUGCUAAAUAUUGCAACCGUGCUACAUGUGCUUAGCAAGAUUGGGUGUAGGUGCGGAUUACUUAAAAAAAAACUACUUAAACAAUUAUCAUAUAACAAAUUAUUGCAAUUGCUUAACAAUGAAAAAUCCGAUUCGACGAAGCAGAUAUCCAUCGGUCAAUUAAUUUGCUCAGCGCUGCACCUUAGUAGUACAAGGAUGGCAGGUUUAUCGCAUACAUUGUUGUGUAAUUUGACAAGGAUAAUUGUUGAGAAAUGGUCAUUUGGAUCACUUCAUGAUUCACUAAAAUCGCAAAUGGCACUUUAUCAUUCCUAUAUAACCACCACAAAUGUCAAUGUAGAUGAUAGGGUUAAAGAAGUACUUAACGCUAUAAAACGGGAUUUCGUUCAAAUUAGGCCCAAACCAAUGAUUAAAUCAGUCAUUUUAGAACCUUUAAAGUGGAAAACUACCGUUUUUCAGCAACAAGUGUCAAAUUUACUAAAGGAAAUGGGCUAUGAUAUUGAUUGUGAAGUGCAUAUAUAUCCCUAUAUAGUGGAUAUACUAGUGGAUAACAAAGUAAUAAUUGAGGUAAACGGACCGUGUCAUUAUACAUAUCAUUGCAGUGAUAAAAAUGAUUAUGGUGUGAUAAAUAGUGCGUUGAAAUUGAAUAAAAAUACCAUUUUGAAAGAAAAACUGCUAAAUGGGUGUGGAUAUAAAGUAAUCCAUGUGAGCUAUGCCGAUUGGCCCAGCGACAAAGAUUCCCAGAUCAGUAAACUAGCCGCACUUCUAGAUGCAACCUGA